AUGAGUGGCAAAGAAAAGACAGGAGUAGUUCACCGACCUAAUCGUGGAAGAAGUGCACCUGAUAGCAAAAGUAAAACAGACUCUGGGUGUUUCCUGGAUGAUGAGAUUGAAAGAAAUGGCAGUAGUGACAGCUCGCAUGGGUCCAUAAGCUCCUCACCAGUGAAGGAAAAAGCUUCAAAAAAGUGUAAAGCAGCAAAUAAAGAAAGUCAAGCAGAUACUGGUACUACAUUGGUGGCAUCUUCUGCGUCAACUGCUACUGAAGAAAAUUGUGCAAAUAGUCAUGUUGCUGGCAAGGAAAAUGCCAUGAAUGGAGAGGUAAUCACAAAUGGGGAAAAUGGAACUGUAGUUACAGAUAGUGUGGAUGGAGUUUCUGAUGUUCUUGAGAAAACCAGACGAGCCAGUGAUUUUUACUGCCUUUACUAUGGUGAGUCUCCAGAGGGUACAUUGACAACAAACGAUGCCAUUAAAUUGAGAGGGAAACCACCUGUUCCUCCCAAGCCUAAGAUAAGACGUGGCAGUGCCCCCCCUUCAAGUUUUAAUCACAUUGAUAGAGUUCUUACCGAAAAUAAAGACGUCACCAAGCGUUUCUCCUAUAAUGAAAGCCAAAGUGAGUACAAAGCUGUCAAUGGAGAGCAUGAGGAGAGCCAGGAAUGUGCAAAGAGAAACUCUGUUGAAACACGUGUUCUCUUUUUUGAAGCAUUUGCUAAAGAUGGAGCAAUUGAAAACACAGUUUCUAAAAAUGUACAGACUACAAAUGUCAAAGACUCACCUUAUGCUCUUGGAAGCAAAGAUUUCACGUCAGAAAGUUGCAGUGAUUCACACCUAGUUCUUAAUUGUCAAGACCAAGCUGAAAAUAUUGCCCCGUUAGCAGACAGUGAGACAUUUUCCUUGGAAAGUGACAAUGAUGAUUGUGAAUCUUUUAAUGUACAUCAGGGAGCUGUACAUUCACCACAGCAGUUUGUGCCUCUAGUUGAAGAAGAAGAAUUUGCUAUUGAUGGGAGCAGUUUUUUCCAGUCUUCGGUGAAUUCUUCUUUUGUCCAUGAAAAAUUCCAUGACAAUAGCAUUGAGAAUGAAAAAACAAGGCUUGAAUGUGUCAGUGAAGAUGAAAAAGUUGACAUUCAAGGACAGUUUGUACCUGAUGUAGAUCAUAAUGGUGACAAUGUUGCUGUUCAUGAAAUUGACCAUUCCUUCUCAACAACAGCAGCCUCAAUACCUGAACAGAAUGUUAUGGAAAGUUUAAAAUUUCCAGCAAGGGGAAGUGAUCUUUUAAGAACCACAGUAUCUGGCAAUGAUAUUCAAUUCAGUGACAAUAUUUGGUCCUUGCAUGAUUUUGUGCAGAUUGAACAACUGGGAACAGGCCCAGGUGGAAAGCUACAAAAUCCACGUGUGAAUGAACUCAAACAUGAAUUGUUGAUUCGUUCAAGGUCUUGUGACCAGAAGAAAGCGCAAAGACGCCCAGGGUCAAUUGCUGGUUUCCCAAACUGGAAAGAAGGUGAUACUACUUCUGAGUUGAAAAGGAGAUCGUGGUCAUUUAGUGAGCCAAGUCCUGUUGAUGUUGACUCUCCUUUUGUGCGCAAAAUUUACCAAGUUCCUGCACCCAAACUGAUAAGGUCAUCAUGGUGUUCAGAGAGUGGUCUUUCCUCCCCUUUUGUUGGCACUGUUCGGCAACCAUUGCAGAGCCCUUCAACUGGAAAAAAAGUUUCCCACAGAAAAUUUGGGGAGGCUGAUCGCCGCACAGUAAGUGCGUCAAACCUGGAGUAUUCAGGUUACACCUCUGAUGACAGCAGUGUUCAUUCUGAACCUUUAUUUCAGCCAUUGAGGCAUCAACCACAUGGUCUUCGUAAUGGCCACAUUCCCAAAAGUAUGUCACUUGAUUCCAGCAUUUGUCUCACAGACAAUGAAAGCUCCUCUUUGCCUAAGAUACAACGAAGAAGAGCAAGACAUUCCUUAGGGAGUCGUGAUCCUAUUAAUGCGCUGAAGAGACAAUCUAUUGAGUUUGCCACUGAUGAACAGCCACCUUUAUUUCGACCUGUUAGUCCUGCUCAGGUGUCACACCCAGAGACCCUGCGACGGGCUUCAUCUUACACAAGCUCUUCAAGUGAUUCAGAAGUUGAGAAAAUCUUCAAGCUGCCAAACUUCCCGACACAGGGUUACCAACAUCACACUAAUGGUACUAUUCAUGAUGGCUUGGUCAAAGCAGUGACUCGACGUAAAGUCAGUGCAAUGGAGGCUCUGUUUGGCCCUCAGUCUUCACGAAAUGGACAUAGCUCAGAUUCUGAGGUGUCUAGAAGAAAAACUCUUUCCGAGAGGUUUUCUGAAGUUUCACAAGCACCAAUAUCAGAAGGGGCAUUUAUCUCUGAGCAAUUUCAGAAUGAAGAACUUGAAGGAAUAGUUUGUGAAAAUGAACCAAAGGAUGGUGGAGAACCAGGACUUGAGUUUGAUGAUACGGAUUACAGUGAGUUUUAUACUCGAUGCGAAGACAAAGACAGCUUAAUUUCAGCUGAAGCACUGAGCAUAAAAAAGCUCUUACAGUCUCCACAGACAGUGUCACCUGAUCCUGAAAUUGAAUCUGUGGUGAUGUCUAUUACUGAGAGGAAGUCAUCAAAGUCAACUUUAGAGGACAAGGAGCCUCAUGAGAUUCAGACUGGAUUAUUUAAAAAUAACACAGCUUGUGUUGAUGAAACCAUUCCUGAGCAUGAAACAGCUGAACAAUUCUUCAGAAGACAUAGGGGUACUCAAACACCACCUCCAGCUGUGUUCAAAGCUUUGAAUCCACCACCUUCAGUUGCAACACAAACUUCUCUGGUGAACUUUCAACAAGAGCUACCUUCCUUGCUGUUACAAGAACUAGAGUUGCAGAUCAAGACACCAACAAUAAAGAGAGCAUCUCCCACACUAUCAGCAUCACAGGAACAGAAUUUGUCAUUGCUGGACCAAUUCCAGCCAGUUGCAUCAUCUUCUGCUUAUGUCAAUGACACAGACAUGCUAGCCCCUCCUCAGGAGAGUGAUAAGGCUGUGUCUGUGGAAGAGCUUCUACAGAUCCUAGCUGGUAUGCAAGUGGGUACCUCAAAGGAGACAGUACCUCGCAGACCUGUUUCUGUACAGAGGUAUAGCUGCCCAUCUCCUCAAAAUGACAAUAAAUUUGAAAGACUCAACAAAGCUCCAAAGAGUCUACCAAGCAGCUGGCAGCAUUUAAGUCGGCCCGCUGGCAAAAAGAAUGACAAUGAUGGCUUCAAAAAGCCUAGUCAUGUUCCACCGAGGUCUUCUAAGAGCUAUGACUGCUUGAGGCGUGGCCAUUCUGCUAGAGAGAGGCGUACCAAUGUGAUAGAAGCAAAGACUCUGAGGCGUUCUGAAAGCAGUGAAAAUAUCCAUAAAAGCCUCAGAGAAUGGAGACUAAGAGCACAGGUUUUUGAAGAGGAGGUGGAGUGUCAGGAUAAUAGGGAAGAUAAACUCAAGAAACUGAAAUGCAAGGAAGAAAAAGUUUUGAGAGUUUCUUUUGAGGGUAGUGAAUCAACAGAUAGCAUAGAAACACAAAGCAAGUUGACUAACACUCACAGCCUGAAAAGGCCUCGGAAGGACAGAGCUUUUUCACAUAAGGAUAAAAAUCAAGCUGAUAAUGAAGGCUUUGAUGCAAAACAAAGUCUUUCAGCUCCAGAUACAAAGCAGGACACGGCCACUGCUAAGGAGACUGAAUGCGGGGACAAUGAUUUAGAAGAAUCAGCUAGUAGCCAUGGAGAAAACUCAGGAAUUUUAGAAUUAACUACACCAGCUGAGGGCUUCCAGAAUAAAACUCAAGCAACACUGUGCCAUGAAGUAGCUAGUCCUGAAGGUAUUGACGUGUUCAUUGACUACAGAAAAAAGCAUGGAAUGCACAUUACAAGUACACCAAAACCUCUGCCAAACCGUGUACAAAAAGAGGAGGGGGUUGGUAAAAUAAUUUUCGAUGAACUUGAUGAUGCACAACCAGAAAAACCAGUGAUCACCUCCACAAAGGAGGACAAGCAUGCCAUUAGUGAUGUGGAAUCUCAAGGAGAUGCUUCAUCAUCAUCAUAUUCAUCAGAUGAUGAUCGCUUUGGAGAAUUUGGUGGCAGCACAGAAACAGUGGUCUUUGUAGACACAGAACCUUGCCCAGAGAUAUCAUUGGUGGGAACUGACCUAGAGACUCUUGAUCUAAAUCUUGGUGGUCCAAAUGACAAACUUUUAUCUGUGAGUGAUAAUGAUGACAAGAAGGAUGAGACUCACCUAGAUGCUCUCCUAGGAGAAGUGCGUAGAUCUCUGAAUUUGGAAUUUGUGGACUCUGAUAUCCUGGAUAAAGCAAUUGACAGGUUUAAGAAGCGUGUUUCCCCAAGCUCCCAAAACAAGGUAAGGGUAACAAGACUUUAUAUUUUCUGUAUCUGUGUACAUGUAUCUAUUUGUUUAUUUAUUAUUUUUCAAUUUUUUUCUUACAUUGUGUAAUAUCAGGUUAUCCAUGCAUACCUGAGAACCAGUAAUCAAAGCUACCCAGAUUUAUUUUAUGUUAAAUAAUUGUGAUUUAGUGGUCUAGCUUAGCAAUUAAACUGUGUUCAAGUAUCCUUAAUCAGGAAAUGUGCAAGCAUUAUUUAAGUGUUUUCAUGGCAACCAAAUCUGUAGGAGAGCGGCUUGGGAUGGGACCACAUUUCCCACCAAAGUUUUACAGCUGUAUGGCAUUUCUGAGUUUAAGGCUGCAUUUGAGACCUUGAGUUGUGCAUCACCGCGUGUAGUAUGUUUCAGAAGAAGUAUGUAUUUGUACCUAUGAGUGAAAGUUUUGCCAAGUUAGGUUUUAUUUUCAAAUGAAUCAUUUUGUUGAAGGUUCUAAGGAUGUGGUAACUUUACUUAAAUAAGGCUUUAUUUAUUUUUAGAGAUCAGGUUUUAAACUAGGGUCUGAUAGAGAUUCUUGCAGCUUUUUGUAAGGCUGGUUUGAUUUCUCAGUAGAAAAAAAAAACACUUUGUUGUCUUUGAAAAUAGAUACACCCUCAGGAUGUCUAUUGUCCUUCAGUGUAUGUUAAAUAUUCCCGCAUUUCAUGAUUAAAUCACAAUAGAUGGCAGAUUUACAUUGGGAAAAUUAGUUUAACCCUUUCACUCUUAAGAUCUUAUUAGUAAUUCUCCCAACUUUCUGCAAUACAAUUGUUGUGAUUUUAGUUUGGAGAAUUUGGCAUUGAAAUCAACUCAACUAAUAAUCCCAGAAUUGAUGUUUUUCUCUAUUCUUACCACUUGUCUGCUUGAUACUGUAUUGAUAUUCAAGGGAGAAAUUCUGUUUUGGUCACUUGAUCUGCCUCUAGUCUAAAUAGAUGUGUUUAUUAACCUUAAAAUCCUUGAUGGUUUGUGCUUAUUUUUCUGUCCUUAAAAUAUCCAUUUUAAUUUGAUAGUUUAUCUUGGAUUUGAUAAGCAGAUUUAUUUUUACAGUCACGCAAAACAAGCCACUUAGCGUAUUAAUAACUAAACACAUUAGUUACCUCUGUGAUGCAUUUUUGACUAGUAAUUUCAAUGUAUUUAAGGCUAAGUCUAAAUUGUGCUUCUUGUUUAAUUGCAAUAUCUGUAAAGUUUCAUUUUCUAAAAGCUACCAGAUUGUUGCAAUAUGAUCUUGUGUUUCCAAGUUUUCAUUAAGGUAUAUUAAGUACUUGUCAAUCAGGUAACAACAUCGGACCUGCAUGUCAGAAACAUCUGAAAAAUGUCAUAUUCAGGAAGCUGUCUCUAAUUCUAGUGAGAAGCUGCAGGUAAAAUAUCUGCUUAGAAACUGGACAUUUUCUGUUUGGUGUAUUCCGACCCUCAGCUUCGAAUACAUUCAGGUAUUGCUUGGAACCUGUUUUAUGUUAUUUUAAGCUCGACCUUAUCCUAUGUUUUUUAAAGAAAGUUAUCCUUUCUAUAUAAGUAUCUUGAAUUUGAACUGUUUUGUUUGUUUGUCAAACUUUUUACAUCUAAACGUUUUUCUUUUCAUUUACACUUAAACAAAUGAUUGGGAAACCAUGAGGUAUGUUCGCGUGAUUUUUUCGGAUUUCUUCAUUUCCCUUUGGGAGAUUGUUUCUGUACUAAAAACGAAUGGUUUUUCAAGCUUUAUAAACUCAGCCACCGACAGCCUCAUUUAAUUAAUUAUUCUGGUCCAUCUCAAACUUUCAGUCCCGAAUCAGGUUUUUUGUUGUUAAAGUAGGAAGUAACUGUUAGGUAUGCCUGUUGGGUAUGCCUUUCUAUAACGCUUCAGUUUAAUCUUAUAAAGAAUUGCUGACAACACAUUAAGUAGUCGUACUUACAAUUUGUAAGACAACGUUCAGAGAACUUCUGAUACGGAAUUAGGACGUACGCAAAUUUAACUUACCAGGGAAUUGAUAACCAGACAAUUUCACAGCUUGAAGUCUGGUCUGUAGUUCUAAUUGAUUCCCAGAUUUCCAUUUAUUGCUCAUGACAAUUUUGACCUUACAUGUUGAUCUCGUUUCGUUACUUAAAUGAAAUACAAGUGCUUUCUGCUUGGGAAGACCUUUGUCCAAUUACUUAAUGACUGAUGAAUUUGCGAUGUUAAAUGUCUUAAGCAAAUUGGAUUUAGUGUUUUCAUUUCGUUCUUUUAUCCAAUGGUGAAACUUUGCAGAUGAGAAUUGAAUUAAGUUUAGGUGAAUUUCAAGCAAAUUGUUGAACAGGAGAGUUUGAUGGUGCUGACAGGUCAUUUCAAAUCAGAAAAUGACAAACUUUGUUAAGUCACUUCUUUCCAAAACAAAUUUUCAACAGAUUAGAUAGCUUCAUGUGCAGUAUGGACUCAGGCUUUCUAUUUGUUUGAUUGCAUGAGUUGCCUUCUAAAAGAUAAAAGAAUUGGCAUGGGCCAGAUUUAAUCCACUCUGACCUUGUGAUUUCUGUCGGUACUGAUACUUUAUCCUUAAUUUGUAGCUAAUUAAGGGUUAAGGAGUCAGAGUGUUUGACACUGUGAGCUCUUUUCAGAGACUACCAGAGGCAAAGAAAUCUGUUGCUCAAAGAUAUCGUUCUUGCAUCUUACUGUUCGAAAUUUAUUCACUGAAAGCAGUUCUCACUUGGAGCUAAGGUAAUAUUAUGAGAUUAGAACCAGAGUCUCAGCCAAAUCGUCUUUGUAUUUACCUAUUGAUUUUAUGUCGCACACGUUUGAGUAGUUGUGCGUCUGUUAGCAGCUCUGUUGAGCUUAAGGAUGUCUUAACUUUUUUUUUUAGCUAAAUCCAAUUUUGGCUACAUUAUACUCCUCAUGUGACAAUUAAAAAAAAAUUACUUGGCGAACUGACGAUGUUUCAUUUGUGUUGAUUGAUUCUCAGAAUUCAUUAUGCAAUAUACAGUAUAUACCCAGUGCUUUCUUUGAGUGUCGGUUUUCACACAGAGAAACAGUUAUUCUUUGUUGACAACGCUUGACCUCAUGCUAGAAUAACUCAUUGACUCUAGUAGUUAUUAAAUUUUUUGAGGGUUUCUUGCACUAGUUAGUGAGGCUAUUGUGUAAGUACGGGUUUGCAUCAACUUCUCAAACUUCGUAACGUGAUCGACCCUCACUUUAUCCAGAAAGUGGUGGGUGUAAUUUUGUAUCUUAACGUAACAAUAAAUUCUCCUGACUAAUUUUCAAAUAAAUGAAAAGUAGCCAGGAGGGAGAGUUGGGGGUUUGGGAAAACGCCCGAGCAGGAAAUAUUAUUUAAAUUCAAUUUAACAAAUGGGACACCACUAAUUAGAUCGGAACACUAGAAAGAUCAAACUGCAUUCUAAAUGGAUAACUGACCAAAGCAUAAUUUCAUAAUUUUAACAAGCAGUAAGCCUUAACUUGGUCCAUAGCCAGUCUAAACUCAUGCUGGUGGAUAAUCAACACUAAUUCUUGGCAUGACCGUUGGAUCUCACCAUGCAUUCUGUAACGAAUGUUCUUGAUGAAAUUUUUAAGUCUUGAAUUAGUUUCUAAAUGUAGAUUAUGCUUGUUGGAUUGUUAAUUGUAAGCUUCACGGGUCGAAGGACCAUCACAUGCUAAAUGGCGUGUUCAUUUCUUAUCAUCUGUGUUCUUUUUGUAGGCUCUGUCUGGAGGUCUAAGCAUGGAAGCCUAUGUCGCCCUACAUCAGGCUGAUGAACUGCAAGGAAUAAUCAGCGAAAUCAAGGUUGGUCAGGACACUUGAAUGUAUUACUUGAAAUUUUGAUCAUGACCUGUACACUGUUCUGUUUUCUAAUUCGGCUGGGAAAGCGUUAUUCUGUUAAUUAAUUUUCUUUCCUUGUACUAAUUAAAAAUUCCCAUAGCGGUACUUUCUAAGAGAGAUGAGAGUUAUUAAAAUAAAUAGGCGAUAAUCUCAAACAGGUGUGCGUGUUUGAGUUGGCUGUAUGUCACAUUUUUGUAUUCAUGAAUAAGUCAAGGAAAUUUUAUUUUAUACGUGACUUGUAAAUAGUGCAGUGUCCCUCUACUGUGCUCUAGAUUUUAUUUCCGAUCCUGAUAUCACUUGUAGGUUUAUUUUGUUGUUGGUUAUCUUCCUUUUCUCGAAGGUUUUUUUCUUGCCUUUACUGGGUUUUCUUCCUCUGCAAGAACUAACAUCUCUAAAUGACAGUUUACUUAGUAUUAGCUCCGAAGACGAUCCGCUUCAUGGAUGUCCAUAGUUGAAUUUAUAUCAAUUUCAUAAUAAGCUUCUUUUAGUGAACGAAACAAAGAUUUCACUGUUCAUAACAUUUGCAUGGUACUAGCAGGAUUGCUUUGUCAGAAAAUGUUUGCAGUUCCCUGUCUCUGUAAUAUUGCAAAUAGUAAAGAGUACAUGAUCUUGCAAGUAUUUUUUGUCCUCUGUCAUUUAUUUGCAGGGAGAGCUCAAACUGCUUCAUGAUGAAAAUGAUAUGUUACGUGAACAAGUCGUUAGUUUGGCAAAUCAACAGACUUCCGGAGAAGCUACUGAGAACAGUAGCACUGAGUCAUCUGAGAGACUGGAGAACAUCUGCCGACUGUACAGACCCAGGCAAGGUAAAAUGAUCACAAAGAGCUAUAGCCGGUUUUGUAUCUUAAAAUCCGAUAGAUUAAAAAUAGGUUAAGUCACAGCUCAGAGGAUUCUAGAAAUUUUAAAGACGAGACAACCACGAUUACUUUAAGUUAUGUUCAAAAGAUGCUCUUUGGGAAACUCAAGUUACAUGGCCAUGAACUCCUGAAGUCAUUUGUGAAUAACGCUUUUUCGAUGAGCCACUGAAUUUCCAGCAUUAUGAAAUGUUCAGUAGUUUGUUAUAGUUGAUUUUCUUAUUGAGUCGGUUAACUGUGUAAUGCUUAAUCAUCUGUAACCUCUGAAACAGGAAACACACUGAAAGUAAAUAUGUUGGCACUCUAUAAGUAGAAGGAUACAAUGGCAGUAAUGUAAACUGUGUGCAUCCUCGCCCUACCUUCCAAAAAAAAACACAUUAUGAAGGGGCUCCUUACCAAUGCCUUUUUUUCUGAGGGAAGGGGGCGGCUUCACACAGGCUGAUAAAAAUUAUGAUAAAAAAUUGUGAUCAAAAUGUUUUAUCUAGUUGAUACAGAUGACGAGGAACCAGUUGAAAUAGAUGUGUGUCUCAGAGGAUUUUCUGCUGUCCCCCUUGGUCAUGUUUCCUCCAAGGUGCAUAUUUAUUGUCAGUUAUACUCAAUGAACUCACCAUGAAUUUUUUAAAAUUUUUAUUUUUCUCUUUUGCAACAAAAUAGUUCAUGGCUAGUUCUUUUUCGGUUCAGUUUCGUUUGAUAUAAUGUUCUAUUUUACAUACAAAGAAAAAGGACAUCCACUUGGGAACUGUGACAGUAAACGGAGCAGACUGGAACGGAGUGAUGGAAGCUGCGAAGAAAACCUUUGUGGUAAGUGGUACAGCUGCCAGGAACUAUUUUGCCAUGUACUAAUUAAAUUUUGUUCAGUUUGCAAUCAUAUAUAUGACGUGAGAAUCAAUUCAUACUUAUCUUCCACAGGUCAUUUUAAUUCAAUUUUUAAAUUCAGGUGACAACUGGUAUUCUCCCCAAGCCUCUUCUACCGUCGCCUCAAAGAAAUUUUUAUUUCGAUGUCUGUCGCUCCGCUAGGUUUAAUCUUUUUUCAUUUGAUAAAGAUAGAAAAAGAGUGUUGAAGCAAAAUUUUAUUUCUAGAAAAAAGGAAACAGAAAACAAGGAAAAUAAAUCGAAGUGCCAUUUUAGGGUGUCGACGUCACUGAUCACACCUCAGUGAGGUAGUGAUACAUUUGCUUGUCGAGUCACUGUAGUAACUAGUUUUUAUGCUUCGUGUAUCCAACUAGUUUAGCUAAUGUGACAAUCUAAUAUGCAAUUAUGUUGUUAGAUACGAAUAUAAGUGGUGAAAUUCUGAGUAUCUCUUUGCUUGCAGGAUCACAUGAAGAAAAUCGACCCAGAGGACUACUUGUGUCUCGGAGCCCACAGCAUCCAAGGUGUUCAAACAGGGGUUGUUGUCUGGAGUCCAGGUAUCAUAACAACUCUUUCUCUAUUGUCUAAAUUCUAAUAGCCAGUAAACAACUGUUCCUUCUGCCUCACUUUAAAGAAGCCAAAUUCCUACAGUAGUUUCCCCGAUAGUCAACAACUGAUGUCCCAGGUUUCUCUUAGUGCUACUGUGUGUUUACCUUGACGGAGUAGGAGGGCUCGAGGUCAUGACAACUUAACUUAAACCCUAUUCCUACCAAGGCUUAUACAUGUUUUGCAGCUGUUUUGUUAAAUACGGUCUAAAAUUGUUUUCUUCUUAGAAGCCGUUUAAAGUAAUGUUUGUUGACUUCUAUUUUAGCACUUUGAAAAUACUGACAAGCUAGUGACUCCUUGACUGCGAAGGAAAAUUCAGUUUGUCAGUUUUCUGUUGCUGAUUUUCAUUCCGUUAAGCCUGAUUUAACUAAACGUUUUUCGCAGGCGUGAAUGGGGUAUUAGUGAAUAAGCGUGUUUAAAUAUGAACGCCUCUGUUUAUUCCUUCUUUCUUGCUUCUUGCCUUUCGCCAUGCCACGCUCAGGGCCGUACGUCUCUUUACGGCGCCGCCCUUACGCUCGCGUAAGGUGUAAAGUUCAAUAUUUAAUAUAAGCUCUUUCGGGACGUCACAGUUCAUAUGGUGAUAGUUAAUAUCAACCAACGACAGAAAGUGUGCGUGAUUGGCCUUUUGGUCGAUUCUUUAAGGUGAUUAAGGAGAAUUAUGUGAUUUUUUUUAGGUUCUCAGCGGAGAAGGUCUCCUCGUGUAGAGUUGUCAAACAAAAGCAGUCCAUGUGUUAUCCAGCUCAAAGGCAAGUAGUUGUAUUGUUUUCUGUCUUUACCUAAUUUUACAGGUGGGUUCUUUGCCUGUGAUCCCGGUGGAAAUCCAUGUUUUUUUUGUUGUUUUUUUUCAAACUCUUAACUCUACGGAACGUUUGAUAUCAGUGAUCGGUAUGAACUGCAUACGUAAAAAGUGCUUUUCUUGCACGCUGAUUGGCUGGUUCGGAAGUGAUUAGCGAGUAAUGUUCACUUUCGAGGAGCGUAAGAGAUAAAAUUACGCGUCAAGAGUUCUAAUUUCCUACCAUUAUUUGGUGUGUAAACAGAAAUAAACUAAUUUUUUCGCGUCUGUUUGGUGUGUACGAAAGCGAAUAUUCUCGACUAUGUCCAUUUCCGCCACUAUUUACCUCCACUUCUGUGAAUUGUUGCUGGAUAUAAAAACAGAAUCUUCUUUGUUGAUAUUAAUUUCAGUCUUGAGUUGUUGCUAAUUUCUUUUUUAUUCACUGCUCUGCCUACAGAUGGAAGCCAGUUCUCUUGUGAUUCUCUUGUUUAUGACACUCUGCUUCCGAAAGAGAUCAUGGAGGUGAGAUUUAGGGAUCUGUCACUGUUGUCAUUAUAAUUCAUUUUACUCUUUAACCCCCAAGAGUGACCGGCAUCUAAUUUCUCCUCACAAGAUCACCCUGAAUAAAACAUUAGGGUCAUGAGAAUAAGGGAAAUGAUCAACAACUAAAGAAGCUCUUGAUUGAUUAACAAAUUCUCCUCUUCAGAACCUUAAGAAAUAUGUAAAGAAAGUAUGGAGAAUAUGCAUACUGGAAUGUAAGGGGCUAACUCCCAAGAUCUGAUUGGUAAUUCUCUCCGCUAGCUGAGAGGCUGGGGUUAGAUCAAGAUAACAACUUUUACUUAAUAAGUUGUAAUAUUCUCAUUACCAGUUGGCAGGAGGAUGUAUGGAUAUUAUAGGGAGAAGUUACACUUUGAUCACUUUUGAGAUUUAAGGAGUAAUCAAUAUGUCAAUAUGCAACUUCUGUUUGAUGGAAAGUUCUUUGAUUUUCACAGAAUUAUGUAGAGCAGCUACUGGAACACAGAUGUAUAGUCCUGUGUGGACAACAAGGGCUAGGAAAAUCAUACUUGGCUUCCAAAUUGGCUGAACAUGUCGUUCAAAGGCAAGUGAAUUUUCUUAAAAACCUGCAAACGCUGUUAUCUAUUGGCUUACACAAUAUUUUUUCUUUGUGUGAGGUCUCUAUCAUGUGAAGAAUAUGAAUUUGUUUUCGCCUGAAUGAAUCAUUUUAACUCGACUAGUUAACAAGCAGUGAUGAACUCGUACAUGUUGAUGCAUGGAGAGUGAUGACGGAGAAGGGGGGGGGGGUGCACGGAGGGUGAUGACGGGGGGGGGGGUUGAUUUUAUUUCCGUGAGAGUUUUUGACAAGGUUUUAUUCACCUUAUGUAGGAUUGGAUGGAAGACAUCCCCUGCGGUAGUUACCUUCAAUGUCACCCAGACAACUCGAAAGGUAAGCAGACCUGAUUUUUUUCUUUCUUUCUUUUUAUCCUCUUUCUGGAUUUCUUGGAAUUCUUGAAUUUUCUUCAUUCUCAUUCCACCAUUCUAUUUAAUUUUUUUAAAGUGAUUUAUCUAACCUAUUUUAAUGCGAGGAGAUGAUUUUACCUAUGUUACUAGCCAGUGUUCAACUUAUUACUGUGUCUUUCUAGGAAUUAAAACAAGGGCUUGCCCCUCUGAUGGAGGUCGACAUCUCGGGGUAUGUUCUGUUCCUGGUAAUCCAAAUUUAUCAAUAGUCAGUAAGCUGAGGGUCUAUGUGUAUGGUCGGCGUUACUCUGGUGAUUUCUUUAGUUGAAUAUCAAUUUAACAAAGUUAACCGCCGUGAGCUUAACGGGCGCUCCGAUUCAGUGGUCAUUUUUGAAAGUGCAGGCUACAUGGACCGUCCCAAUUUCGUUUCAGCUAACUUGCUUUUUAUGAAUUUUUGAUGUUUCUGAAGACGAUAAAGUUAGACUCCACUAUUACAAGAAAAAACUUCAUUUACUUGGAAUUUUUGCGAGAUAUUGCAGAGAUUUCCUUUUUCGACACUCGCCUUGACGGAAAACUUUAAUUGUUGUCUUUUUAACAGUUCUAAUGUGGACAAGCCAGCUGUCAUAAUACUGGAUCAGUUAAAUUGCUUGGCUUCCCUGGCUGAUACUUUUGACUUCUCACAGCUCGAGAAAAACAGCAAUUGGUAAGUAGUAUUAUGGGACAUGUAAUGCCAAAAGCCCCUUGGUCAUGGUUUGCCAUGAUCAAUCCUUUUCCCCCGCAGAGUCCGAAGAGCGAACUAAAAAAAAAGAACAAACAAAAUGAGCGAAAAAAAAAAAAGACUUGCGCCGACAAUUUGUUUGACGCCAAUUUCUAUCGAACUUUCUAUCGUUGAGACGUGUUUUGUUGUGGUGAUUUUCACUUUAUAAUUUUGUUAUCAUGAUUAUGUCGUGUUCGUUGCAGUCCUUACAUAAUUGGUGUUCGAGACAAAAGCAGAAAAGGACCUUUCUCUUCAAAAGAGCUGAGUCUGUGUCAUUACUUUAGGUGGGUGUAGCUGAGUAUGGUUGACGAAACCAUUUGGUUAGUCGGCUGCCAUUGAGGAAGACUGGCAAUUUUUUUGACAUUCUGCUAGUGUUUGUCUAUCUGUCAGUGUCUAUCAGUCUGCUAGUGUUUUUUUAUCUGUCAGUGUCUAUCAGUCUGCUAGUGUUUUUUUUAUCUGUCAGUGUCUAUCAGUCUGCUAGUGUUUUUUUUAUCUGUCAGUGUCUAUCAGUCUGCUAGUGUUUGUCUAUCUGUCAGUGUCUAUCAGUCUGCUAGUGUUUUUUUAUCUGUCAGUGUCUAUCAGUCUGCUAGUGUUUGUCUAUCUGUCAGUGUCUAUCAGUCUGCUAGUGUUUUUUUUAUCUGUCAGUGUCUAUCAGUCUGCUAUUGUUUGUCUGUCUGUCAGUGUCUAUCAGUCUGCUAGUGUUUUUUUAUCUGUCAGUGUCUAUCAGUCUGCUAGUGUUUUUCUAUCAGUCAGUGGCUGUCGUUCUCAACUGUUUCCCUGUCCAGUUUUCGUUCUUUCUAGUAAACUGACCUGUAAGUGUUUACUGCUACAUGUCAGGUGGCUACGAGUGUCGGUAAACGACAGACAGUACAGCGGUGUUCUCAGCAGAUUCUUGAGGCGUAAACUCAGUUGGAGUGAGUUGGAAACCAAGUAAGUGCCCCUACACUUAUUUUCUGGCCGAACUCUACAGUCACUUGACAAUUUGCACUGAUCCGUUAUGUUCUUUUUUCGGUCAGUGUUGAAGGUGACGAUCUGCUAGAGUUAUUUGAUUGGCUGUCCAAAGUGUGGUACCAUCUGAAUGAGAUUCUGGAAGACUUUUGUGAUUCCGACGCUACAUUAGGUAUUUUACGCCUGACUUUGUAAGAAUUUCUUAUGUAAAUAAGCAUAUUUCGUGAGUAUGUGUGGAGGCAAUCUCAAGUUUGAGUUCGUCUUUCGUUCCCAAUAAAUUUCCUAAGGAUAUCUCUUUUUCCAGGUCCCUCGUUGUUUUACUCGUGUCCAAUGGACUUUAAAGUUGCAGAGGGUUGGUUCGUUAAUGUGUGGAACUAUAAUGUGAUCCCAUACCUACAUCAGACUCUUCGGAGUGGAAGGAAGGUAUUUCAUGGUGUUUUUUUCCUGUUCGACUUUUGUUGUUAUUUCUAGUCGCUCAGCAGCCAUCUUUGAGGUUCGUUGCGUAGCACGCUCCCAUCUCUCCUGGGACGUUUGUGUGAGUUUGAGAUUAUAAUUACAUUAAGUUGCCAAUAAAUGAUGACAGGGGUUAGAAAUUUUAUUACAAAGAAAUUCCACAAACAUGGAUACCCAUGAUCAGGAAAGCCGUAUAACAGCGGAUCGCUGAGAAAUUUUCGAAAUGCAUCAAUUAAAACAACUGAAAACCAUCCACUCAAAGCGGAGCAUGAGCCUUUACAGGUUGCACGCAGAGUCCACCCCAUCGCCUGAAGAAGUGGCUAUCCUGAGACAAGCGAUUAAACCUCGUUACUAGUGUACUUAGUAACAUGAGUAACCGCAACCUUAAAUACGAGAUGAUACUUAAAUGUUUUGCCUUGAUUGACAGAUCUUUGAUCGAUGUGUCAGUUGGGAGGACCCAACGAAGUGGGUGGUUCUUAGAUACCCAUGGAAUAAGGACCACAGCAGGGUCUUUCACACGCUUCGUAAACUACGCCAAGUAGAUGUGGUCCUCAAUAGGAACCAACUUGGAUCAGAUAAUGGUGAGGAGACUUUUAUUUAUGGAGAAGCAGUUUAUUCUGGUGUUUUUCAUCCCCUUUCCAAGUGCAAUAGUCAAUGCUGUGUAGUUAUAAAGACUUCUUACGUUUUUGAAGCACAUAAUUUCCUCUUUGUUCGACGCUGUCGGUUUUGUUUGUUGUUUGUGAUAUAAGAUUUUGAUGAAGGACAGAGUGACUUUAAUAGCUCAGACUGGUUUUUUCUCGGUAACAUCGCAACUGGACGUCCUAAGUAAUCGUACCCCUCUAUAACCUUUAAAUAAGUGCCCGCUUUUUAACGUUGUAAAAAAAAAUUGCCUCCGAGUAUUUCUCGAGGCUUAUCGUUUCGAAAACUUGUAAACAUGCCAAAAGGGCAAAAUAGCAAGUAGACAAAACAAAACUGAGCUAAAGAAAAAAAAAAGGAACAAAAAGUAGAGAAAAACAGGACCAAGAAGCAAAGUAAACGGAACAGAGAGCUUCCUCUUUAUCCGAGUAUUAAAUCUAUUUUUCGUCAUUAGACAGGUUGAACUUUCCAGAGAAAUUACGGGCUCGAUUUUAAGUAACUGGAUUAUUUUAAUUUCUCAGUUACUUUUGCUGAGUGCAUCGAAGACAAUGAGAAAAUUCUUCGCGCCCAUUCCAGUGUGUCAAAAAGAGUUCGCACUGUUGUUCAGGAAAAAAUUCCGAAGGUAACGUCGUGUUCAUAUUUAAGAGCUCGCAAUUUCACGGCCACCCAUCAAAUGCACUGCAAAUCACAGCACCGCAAUGUUUAAAAUUCAAAGCAUCACAGCUGCAGAAGCAACAUUUUAAAAUAUUAUUGCUUAAGUUAAAAAAGCUCUCUUAGCCGCAACAUCCAUCAUUUUAAAAGCUUGCAGUUCCGCAUGGCUAUCUGUCUUUCUUUUAAGCCUUUAAUCGCGGAUUAUAUGUGUAAGCUUGUUAAGACGCUAAGUAAAAUUUCUUGCAGAUUACCGCCUUUAACUGAUGAAAAUAAUGGUAGCUAAGAUGACAAUUAAAAACACUCUUUCCCUGUUUCUUGCAGGGAGAACUUAAAACAAAGCGAAGAACCGCUGAACGGAGAGGUAGUCACGGAGAAGAUAACGAUAGAGAAUCUUCUUAUUCAGAAUCUGACAGCUAUAUGGAAACUAGCAUUUGAGACAAAAGAAAUUCCAUGCAUUGUUUACUUACGACGUUAUCGCUUUGGUCCCUUUUGUAUCAAACCGACGACACCUUUGUCGUAAGACUUGAACAUUUCCCUUUGGCCAACAAGUUUCUCAGAAUUGGUUUAACUACCAAGCGUACACAGACAACUUGGGAUACGUAAGUUGUCCAAGACAGUAGUCGCUAGUCGCUUUGGAUUCUUGCGAUCCUUGGGGUAUUUAUUCUUUUUUGGUUAAAUGAUACCCCUCUCCCUCCCUCCCUCCCCCCCCCCCCUCCUUAAUAAAACCUGUGUGUGGCUUUUUAUAUUAGAUCAAAAAAAGUUUCAGAAAAUCGAACUGACUAUUUUAUUACGCAUAUACGAAAAAACGUGCUAUUUUAUAAAUAACCUGUUAAUAGGAUAGUUAAACAACAUUUAACUGAACAAACCAUAUAACUUAUAUAAACCAGUUUUAAGAUUUUUGCACACUUUUACCGAAGAAGAGUUUGUAAUCGUCAUUAAUUUUAGAUGUGAUUUUUCCAAGGUAUUCAUUUUGCCAAUUCUGAAUGUUAAUCGGUUAUCUUAGUUAACGCAAGGUCUUGUAAAAAGUAAGCAACAGGCCAUUUGGAAAAUUGAUAAUUUUGGUCAUUUAAACACCAAUUCGUAUAAUAACCUUACCAUUUAUGCAUGUUACAAAAUGUUACUUUGUAAACCGCCAGGUGGAAAGUAUUUUUGAAUUUACCAAGGUUAACUUUGUCCUUUAAUUCAAGCAUCUUCAUCUCGCAUUUCAUAUGCUAACAUGGAACUGUAUACUUCACCGUUUUAAUCCUUUUAACCCUAGGAGUGACCAGCAUCUAGUUUCUCCUUACAGUAUUGAUGCUGAAUCGUUCAAUUAAGGUCAUGAGAAUAAAGGAAGUGAUUGACAACCUAA